AUGGUCCGGAACGGAGAAACCUAUCCAGCUUUGAUGCAAGUGGGCUUGGAUAUGUACUUUCGCUUGAGGGAGAUUUGUCCUUUAGUCCGCACGCUUUUGGAUCUUGGACAGACAGAGCGAGCAAUCGAGAUCGCUUGGAGAAAUAUGGGUUUAGCCUCUUGCGAUGCAUCGGUUCUUCCAGGAGUUGCAUUUUUUGACUCCUUGAUCCGUUCACCGCUGCAGGUGACGCAGAUGCUGGGGAGUUUAUUACUUUUCUUGAAAGUGUGGGACCCAGCAGCACUCCAGUGCUCAACCCCACUAUCCCUCUCAACUCUUGCUAGCUGCGCUACCGUACCAUUUCCAGACGAUCUGAUUCCGCCAAAAUCCCGCAGAAUGCUGCGAGUCGCUUUUGGAUUUACUGCAGAAUGA